AUGGCCGAAGGCGAAAUUGAAAUUGUUCCAACCAACAACGAAACUACCAAGAAGAAACGAGCGCCCAACUGGCUUCCAUUUGAAGAAGAACAGCUUGCAAUCUCAUGGGUUCAUGUCAGCGAGCAGCCCGAGUUUUCCAACAACCAGACUGGAACGAUGUUUUACAAGAAGAUAGAGGAAAACUUCAAUCUCUUCAGUAAGAUUCACUAUCGGAGCCAUGAACAGAUCAAGAUCAGGUGGACCUCUUUAAAUACUGCAACUCUCAAAUUUGCUGCUAUUUACAACGCGAUCGAGCGAAACCCUCCAAGCGGUUCCUCUCCUGAAGACUGGAUGGCAACUGCGAUGACCGUCUACGCUGAUCAGACCAAAGGUGUUGCAUUUGGCUCCGUUGCAGCCUGGCAGAAAGUCCGAUACUGUCCUAAAUGGCGAGGCGAUCGACCCGAUCUAACAGUCCCAAUCCCAAUCCCCUCUGAUAACAUCGACACAGAAGAAAAUCCUGGCAGCAAAACACCAGCCACACCCACCGGCAUCUGUACCCCAAGCUCGCGCGAUGGAUCAUCGAUAUCACGCCCAAUUGGUGGGAAGGCCGCAAAGAAGCGUCGGAUUGAGGGUUACAAAGAUGAUGAGAUGCUAGCGUCGGCGGCCAACUUUGCUGAUAUUUCAAAGGACCGCCUCACCGCAUUGAAUGAGGGAAAUGCGAUUGAGAAGGAGAAGAACGAGAUAUCGAGGGAAAUCUUGAAGAUCGAAGAGAAGAAGUUAUCGCUGAAGGAAAAAGACUCGGUUAUUCAGGCGGUCCACAAACAGAGCGAGACCCAAAUGAACGAUUACAAGCUCCUCCGCGAAUUAACAAGUGGAAAGGAAGACCCCGAGGCCGAAGAGGUCCUCCAGAUUAUGAAGAAAAAGAUUAUACACAAGUGGCUUUCCUCUUAG